CAUGCUGCUGCUACUGCCGGCUGCCACCGUCCUCGGCUGUCGUUUCUGACCAACCUUGAAGGUUUUCAUCAAGAACACAGAACGAGACGAUUCGUCCCGGUCUUCUGAUGGAGGAGGAGACUCUGCAGGGUGACAGUGUGCUCGACGUGUUAAUAAUCGGUGGAGGGCCUCACGCUCUGACUCUGGCCAGCCUGCUGUCCGACCCCGACCCUGGUCCUGAUCCAGAACCAGACUCUGACCAUGGGGGUGACCCUGGAGCACCUAAAACCAGACUCUGCAGCARGAAGAGGAGGAAGAGGAGGAGGAAGGCUGGUGAUCAGCCGAAGGAACGAGCAGAGCAGCUGAAACCAGCUGAUCCUCUCAGACUCCAGGUGGUGGAUUCAUACGGAGAGUGGGCGGCUCUGUGGGCGGGUCAGUUCACCUCCCUGAACAUCCCUCACCUGCGCUCACACACCCUGGUGCACACGGACCCCCACAACAAGAAGUCUCUGCUGGAUUUUGUUCUGAAGUCUCAGCGUUCAGCGGAGCUCCACAGCCUCCCGGAUCAGAUCUACAUCCUGGACGAAAACGCCUUUUUCAACGACGRGCGUCUCGGCAGGAAGGAGAGGAAACGGCUGAACUUUAGCUCCAGCCUGAAGAAGAGUUUAUCCUUCAGUCUGCCGGGAACCAAACUGAGCGUGGARUUCUUCAAAGACCAGGUGAGGAGGUUCAAGCUGGACCAGAUCCUGCAGAAAGGAACGGCUGAGAGAAUCCUUCCUGUGGCUGAGACACAGAACGUCAGAGGGACGGAGACGAAGACGGUCAAACACUUCCAAGUCCAUCUUCAGGACGGCAGCGUCCUUGUGGCCCGACGGGUCGUCAUGGCAACGGGUCCAACCCGCGCUCAGAUGGCGAACGUACCUGCGUGGGUCCAGAGCAUCGCAGAGACGUACCCAGAGGAGCGUCUGAGACACACGGUCCAGCUCAUGCACCAGCUGCCGGGCUCGCAGCAGGACCUCAGAGAGACCGACUGUCAGGGACGGACCGAGUCCUGUUCUGGUCCAGGACUGUAUGCGGUGUGUGAGGCGGGUCAGAGGGUGAUGGUAGUUGGCGGCGGUCUGACCAGCGCUCAUGUCGUCUCUCUGGCCCUGCAGCAGGGGGCCAGCCGUGUGACGUGGGUCAUGAGAAAACACCUGCAGCUGAAACAGUUUGACGUGGGCGACGUGGAGAGCCUGGUGGGUCGGUACGAUCACACGGAGCACGGCAUCAAGAUGGACGGCCGGGCCUUCCUGCGACAGUUCUACAACGAGCGGAGUCUACGCAGACGUCUGAGUAUGAUCCAACGGGCCAGGAAGGGAGGGGCCAUCACCCCCGAGGCCUACGUGCACCUGCAGCCGUACCUGCAGAACCUACAGGUGGAGCUGAAGACCUUCUGCCAGGUGAGAGAAGCCAGCUGGUGCUACAGGAACAACACCUGGACUCUGUCCCUCAGUUCUGGGGACAACUGGACAGGAGACAUGAUCUGGCURGCCACUGGCUGCAAACUGGACGUCAGACAAGACGCGCUGCUUUCAGACGUGAUGAAAGAAUUCCCAAUUCAGGUGAUUGACGGCUGGCCGUGUGUCUCAGAGAGUCUUCAGUGGACGGACGGGUGUCCUCUCUACCUGAUGGGACAGUACGCAGCGCUGCAGGUUGGACCUCACGCCAUCAACCUGGCCGGUGGACAAGCUGCCAGCAGGCGCAUCGCUGAAGACAUCGUCCACCAUCAGAAGAAGGACAGUGGACAGAUUUCUGCCCCGGGGGGAGUCCGGUCCAGAACUGAAGACUACAUCCAGCAGAUGCACGGCCUCUUCUGGCUUUAACAGAAACAUCUGAGUCAUGUUUUAGAUCUGAGUCACUGAGUUUUAUGACAUCGUUGGAUAAAUGCUGAGUCAUCAUCCUG